CCUCCGUUGACCGUUGGUUUGACUUGCGAUUCAAAAUGGCUACUGACGUGCCCGUAGCUCGUUGAUGGCUGCUGCGUGCCCGUUUUCGUGUGCUUCAGUUUUCCUCUGAACUUUUCCAGUUCAUUUUGCUAUCGAUCUAUCACUUGUUUCCCCGUUUUAACGUUCUCAUAGGUAUGCUAUACCGACGCCACUACAUUAAUAACAAUGACAAUAACUGCUUCUAGAUAAUUUCAACAUUGUAAUUUAGUUUUGUUUUUUUUUUGUUACCUACAGGUACCUAGUGAUUAUAUUCCGGAUUGUACACGUUUUGAUUUUUCAUCGUAUUUAUCAUAACCAUAUAACCAUUAUGCCACCUAAACGAAAGGUUGCAGCCAAGAAGGUUAUCCGGUCCAAAGAAGUGCCGGUCGAAAAUAUCGACCCAAACGAAAAGAUUGUCGAUAAGGAUGACGAUGUAGAUGGGAAGGACAUGUCUGAACCGAAAUUUACUGCCAGGCGACCAUUUGAAAAGGGUGAGUAGAAUGACAUGCCAAUCGGUUUAGGAAAUCUUUUGUUGUGCCUAUAAUGUAUUUCCUAUAAAACACCUAACCUCAACUAUAGCACAUUUAUUGGAACAAAUCUAUUUAAGCACCCCUUCGAAGUUUUAAAUUUUUUUCGGAAACAUGUAUUUCAACGUUAUUAAAAUUAUGGUGCCAAAAGUUUUUUGAGGAAACCAUUGAUUUUAAAGUUACUGCUUUAGUUAUUUACGAAGUUCACGAUUUUCGGUGUUAACGCAUGUGCAUAACUCUAUAGUUUACAGUGCUUAUAACGAAGUUUUCAAUAUUUGUUUUUGAAAUCAAAGUGAACCAACGUUGUAACUAUGAUCGUGUAAAAUUAAUUAUUGAAAAUCAAGGUCUAGUUUCGCACUCCCUCGAAAUUUCGGAUUUUUUUUGGAACGUAGAAAAAUAUAUGGUAUUAUCGUAUUUUUGAAAUUACAAAACCACGUCCAGUCGGGUUAAGUUUAGUAUAACAGGGAAAAGUGAAAUAGCAUUAUAGGCGGAUUAAGAGACCGAAUGUACUCACUGCACUCACUCGGAUAAUUUUAAUCGAAGAUAACUCGAUUUGUUGUGCAAAACCACAUCUGGUAGGUAACAGGUGACUUGUAGGUAGUUCGUUUAGUAUAGUCUGCUUUUGAAUAUGUGUAAAACACCGAAAAUCAACAAUAACUCUAAAAUUAAUGAUUUCAGUUAAACACUUUUGGCACCAUAAGUUAUAAAAUGUUGAAAUACAUGUUUCCGGAAAAAAAAAAAUUCGAGGGGGAGUGUUAAACUAGAUUUAUAACCAAAUUGUAUUAGUUAAAUUAAAUUAUUGUUUGUCCCAAUGAUUGAUAUACUUAUACAUUUUUUCUUCUAUAGUUAAUUUUUUACUUUGCCAGGAAUUUUCCAUGAAAUUGAUUGAUUGACUUGUGUUUAGUUUUUUGUUAUAACAUUUCUUUAUGAAAGGUAGAAUUGUACUUCCAUAUAUUAUCAGGAAAAACUUGAGAAUGAUUGUAAAGUUGUCCUGCCCAGCAUUCCCCGUGCCAUUUUUUUAUUAUUUUUUUUUUAGCUAAAUUAUUUGGUGUAUGUAUAUAUAUAAGCAAAAAUACCAAAAUCGCAAAAAAAAAAAAAAAUAGAAGGUUGUUUUGCUAUGUAUUUCUAGUGAAUUGUAGUAUUAAAAAUAACUAACUUAUUGUAGGUAUGUGGGGAUGGUAUCUAUGAUUGAAAGAGGAAUGAAUCGUUGUAGAUGAUGAUGGCCUAUAAAAAUAAAAAAAUGCCAGCCUUUCAUUUUUUUAAUUUAAUGUACUGAAUUUUUAAAAAAGGCCUACAUAUUUUUUUUAUCUUCAAUGACAAUUUAAAAAAAACAUCAAUACUAACAUUACAUUUUGUUGCAUAAAAUAAUAUGGCACAUAGAUCUUUAGAAUUAUUUUUAUUUAUAUAAUUACCAUAGAUAUAUUUUGACCAAACUUUUUUUUUCAUAUCUAUCCGUGUAACUAAGGUAAUUCAUAAAAAUAAAUAAUUUAAUAAUAUCUAAAAACCAAAUUAAAAUACUAAAAUCACAAUUUAAAAAUGGGAGUGGGGUCAAUUGGAGUAUGUUGGUCGAGUUGGCUGCAAAACCAAUAAUAAUUUUAGGUAGUUAUUGUGUUCUCUUAAAAUUUUCUGUUUCCUAAUUGCAAUAUUCAAUUCUGAAAUUUCAUUUUUGUAGUCUUAAGAAUCACUUUCCAUUAAAUUGCAGUUAUAUACUGACAUAUUGCUCUUGUCAUAAUUCUAACAGAAAUGUAUACACUUUAUGGAUAAACUCAAGAUAUACUCAAAACACAAAAUUAGUAGUACAGAAUAAAUUAUUAGUAGUAACAGUAAUCAUAAAAAGUAUUAAUAAGUACCUAUUGGUAACGAGAGAUUUUAGCUUAACUGGAGGAUAACCUGCAGAAUUACGUUUGUUAAAAAUCCUACUGUAAAACCUCUGGUAACCGGAGACUUUUUCCCUAACCUAUCUAUGUAAGAACCAACUGUCGGUUAAAUUUCAAUUUAACUUCCGGUUAGCGCUAACUGAAACUUAACUGGACAUUGUGAAAACGGACCUAAUAGUUUUAUACUGUAUGUUUUAUACUUUAUUGUAUUAUUCGUUACAAUCCUGGGCUUUCAUAGUAAAUGUGAAAAAAAGGGAAAAUUUACAAAAUAUAUUAUUUUCAAACCGUUAAUAUUAUAAUUUUUCAAAACAUGUAUAACCACCAGUAUUUUUCGUUAGCAAUGAUUAAUCUUUGUGUACAAAUAUACAUUAAAUUUCCUCUCUACCUUACCAAAGUCCCACCUACAACAAUAGGUUAUAAAUAAAUUAUGUUACUGUGUAGCUGUUAAUUUAAUUUAUGAUAAUUAUAAUAGUCGAUGAAAACAAUCAACGUGAUUACGAAUCAACCUUUAUAUUUUAAUUUAAACUUUAUAAAUGUAGAAAAUCUAUUUGUGUUUUAAUUAUACAUGUUGUAUAACUACAAUUAUUUAAUAUUUUUAUUGUUAUUAAUUUUCAUUCAUAUUUUCCUAACAACGGCUGUAUUUUUAUAUUGUUAAAGAUUUUUUUUGUACAUUUUAUUUAUUACACUGUUUUUUUUUACACUUGCAAUUUUUAAGAGUAGUUACCUAUUACAUUUGCAAUUGUUAAGUCAUCUACUUUAUUAUAGAUACAAUUUGUAGUUUUAUAACUCUUUAAAGUUUUUCUCUAAACAAAUAAUAAUGUUUCUAGUAUAAACAAUAAUUUUAAUCUAAAAUCAAUUAAGUAUUAAUUAUUAAUUAAUGAAACUGAUUUUACAUUAAAUUGUCUGGUCUAAUAAUGAUUAUUGAGUAUACUGCGUACAAAUUUAAAUAAUUGCUCAUCUUGUUAGUUAAUAUACCUAUUGUACACAGUGAUCAAUCCUCUACACUUAUUAUCUCUGAAAAUUUUAACUUAGUUUAGAUUUUUUUUUUCCAGACAAUUUAAGAAACAAAUAGGUAGUUUUAAAAUGCUAUAUUAACGUUAUUUAUUGCCACCCUCAUUUUUGGGGAUGAAACACUAUUCACCUUUGGUUUUUAACCUAAAUUAAAAAUUCCAUUAAUAGGUGAAGUUUUAGUGUACAUUGAUUUUGGUGUUGACAUUUUUAAUUUUUAUCCACCUAUUAACAAGGUAUUCCAUUUUUAAUUUUGGGUAGUGGUAGAGUAGUGGAGCAUAAUUUGUGUGACUCCGCGGUGUAAAACCUUUGAAAAUAGCUCUUCACUGCUUUCAUCUUAGCUAGCUAUACUUAAAAAUGGGAUGUGUAGUAAACAGGUUGGCAGACAUUUAUAAUUGAGAUUAAUGAUGAAAAUGAUUGAUUAUUGUUAAAAAUAAUUAAUUUAGAUGAAGUUUUAGUUUAUUUAAACUAAAAUGUCAUCUAUUUAUAGAAUUUGUAAUAUACGUUGCUAAUUGAAAAUCAAAAGUCCUCCCAAAAUAAUUUAAUAAAAAAUGUUAUUCUUGGUAGAAUUUGGAAUAAUUUAGUUUACUUUGAUUCACUUAAAAAAAGUAGAAGCAAUACUGAUAUAUGUGUAAGGUAACCUAUACAUAUUUAAUUUGUUUUUUUAAAUUUGUGUUUUUUUUUUUUUUGUGUUGGUAUUCAUAAUGGUUAAUAAUUUAUAAUGUUCGUACCUACCUAAAAUUAAACAUUAAUUAAAAGUAGCUAUUAUUUAUAGCGUUUAUAAACUUAUAUACCCAGGUACUUUCACUUAUACUUAUUCAGUAUUAUUUAAGAAAAUAAAAUAUAAAAAUAAAAAAAAUAUGUGUCGUUCACUUACCUAUUGAUUGUAUUCAAUUAGUUCAAAUUAAUGUUCUAAAGUUUAUUGUUCAUCAUUACAUACCACAAUAUGAACUGAGAAUGAUAUUUGUGUUCAGAUGGCUUAUUGAGAAUAUUUUAAUAUUGUUUUAUGUAAUGCAAAUGUUAAAACUUGAAAGAGAAUUGUUUAACCCAAUAAUAUUUAUAUUGAAGUUGGGAUAGGAAGGGAGGGAGAUAGUCCUUGUUAGUGGCAUAACUAAGGGGAUCUGGAUCCCCUCCUCGAUCCUUGUAGUAUGCACACUAUUUAAUCUAGAAUUUGAUGCAGUGAAGCAAUGAUUUUGUGGUAAUUUAUAUAAGUCUUUGGACCUCUCUCAUGAAAAAAAAUGAUAGUUUUGCAACUGAUCAUUGUCUUGUUUUAAGAAAAUUUUACUGUAAAUAAAAACAAAUAUUAUUCAUUCAAAUUAUUUAAUAUCCAUGCCACAUUUAUGCUAAAAUAAAGAUUUAUGCUUAUAAAAGCUUUUAAGUUUUGAGCAGAGCGAGGAAUGGAUUGGUUUUAUAAUGAUGUUUAAAUUAUUUUGUUUUCUGUGAACAACUUUUCACCAGCAAUUUUGCUCCAAUUUACAAUGAUAGCACUUUUCCUGAAAAGAAAUCUGACUAGGGAGAUAUUUUAGAAAGAUCAUUUUUUGACUUUCCUAGUUUUUACAUUAAAUAUGAAAAACUGGGAAAAUAACUUGUUAAAAUAAGUACAAUUUUAAAAAAUAUUAAAAAAAAAAUACAUAAUGCAUAUGCAUUUUUUGAUUUUCCUAGGAGUUUUUUCAACAAAUGUGAAAACUCGAAAAAAAAAAAAUUGGCACAUUAAACAAAUAUUAAUAAAAAUAAUAUAUAAUGCCUAUUUAAUUAUUUUACCAUAAUAUGACAUAUUAUAUUAUAUUGUUGACAAAGCAACAAUAUCAACUAGUCUUGUAAAGUACUUGAGUAAAAGUAUUCAGAUACUUUUUAAGUACUCAAAUACGUAUUUUAAAUAAACUUGAAAAAAUUCCUUAGACACAUUAUUUGAAUACUUUUUUAAAAAUAUAUGUAUUUAAAACUAAAUAUUUUCUUACUGGGAUGCAAAUCUAAAUAAAAUAAUUUAAAUUUUACAACAAUUCACUGCUCCGUUUAUAAAAUUACUAAUGACUGUUAAAUAUAUUACAUUGUUGUCCAAGUUCAAAGUUGUUACAUUUGAUAGUACAUUCACCAAAGCUCAAAAAAUACAGAGUUCAAUAAUUUUCUUAUUCUAAUUUAUUUAAAUAAAACUAAAUAGCGCUAAAAUAAAUAACUAAUUUAGUUUACUAAUGAUUAAAUGUAUUUAUAAAAGAUCAAAAAAGAUAUUAGGUUAAUGUAAAAAGGUAAAACACAUUUUUAUAUAAAAUAAAAUCUGACUUGUUAGUAUUUAUAAAUACAUUUGAAAAAUAUUUGUAUUUGUAUUUAAAUACUUUUUUCCAAGUAUUCAAAUACGUAUUUUAAAUCCUUAUGAAAGUACCUAUCUGUAUUUGUACUUGAAUCCUUUUUAUAAGAAUCUUUUACAAGAUUGCUUUCAACCAAAUUUUGCUCAGAAUAGGUUAUUCAUUAGCAGUGAUUAAUUGUUGUGUGUAUACUUAAAUUAAAUUUCUCUCAAUAUUUUACCUUCUGAACUUCUUACCUACAACAGUGGCCCACCCAUUGUGUAAAGUAUAUCAGUUUUUUUUUGUGGAGUUACUGAGAAAUACAAAGUUACUUGAAUUUACUAUUGUGUAUUUAUUGAUUUGAUGUUUUAGUGCUUGGUAUAGUAUAAAAAAAUGAAAUUGAUUAGAAAUGACAAUAUUAAUUUGUUAAAUAAAUUAAUAAUUUACCUGUUUCCUAUUUUACUAUUAUUUAUUAUGCGAUUUUAGUAGUAGACUAAUACAGAGUUGUCAGGAAUGUAUUUGUGUUUUGCUAUGAGAUCUGUGCUUUAUUUUUUUAAUAACUAAUGGUAUUCUACUAGAAACUGACUCAGUCAUCAAUUUUAAGGAAUGUUACUGGUAGCAAAUUUUGUCUAGUUAAUUUCAUUUUAUGAAUUUACUUUAACAUUUUUUUAAUAAUUUAAAAAACUGGAAUAUUUUUACACAACAACAGUUUAUUUAUUUUCAAUUUCGGUUUUUUGUUGUAAUUCAGUUAAAAUAUAUAUAAUUUGUAGACCUUCAAUUUCUACCCAAUACUUAAUAUAAUAGAUUUUAGGAAUAUUUUUUUAGUUCGGAUAAUAUUUAUUUUUUUUUAUUUUCAUAGGAAUGCUCUAAAAUAUGAUAAAAGUUUUAUAAUAAGCUGUGUUAUGGCACUUUAAAAGUAUCAAAAAGUUAUAUCUUUACUUUUUAAAUAUUUAAAUUUUGUUAAAAUUUAGUUUUUUUAAAAAAAAAAAACAUUGUGGAAAAACUAUCAUUGUAUUAAUGAUUAGUGUUUAUUUUCAUUUUUUAGCAACGGAAUCACUUGUAGAGACUGAUGAAAAACUGCGUAUGUUUGAAGAUCGAAUGGUUAACCAAAGUAAUACCCAAUCGGAUGAUGUAAAAUCGCCUGAAGUUGCAAAAGAAAAAUCAAAAUCAAAAUCAAAAAUAGAUAAAACUGAUAAUGACCCUAAAGAAAAAAAAACAAGAAAGAGGGCAAUUAGUGAAGAUCGCCCAACAAAGACAAGAGAAAAAUUGGGAGUAAAAAAUAAUAAAAAGAAACAAGAAAAAGUUGAAAGUCAAACUUUGUCUUUAAUUGAGCCAAUAAAAAAAACACGAAGAGCUAACAGUGUGGAUAGAUUGGCAUCAGAGAUUCCAAGUGUUGUAACAAAUAUAAAAAAAAAAAAUCAAAAAACUACUAAAAGCAACAAUGAAGAUGAUGAUAAACAAAAAAAAUCCAAAAGAGUCUUAAAAAAGGCAGAAUCUAUUCCUGAUCCUAUUAUCAACGAAAAAAAGACUAAACUUAAAAGAACUAUGAAAAAAAAUUUAGAUUCUGAAGAAAAUAACAUUAUUCCAGAUACCGAUGAUAAGCCUAUAGUAAAACAAAAAGGCUUAAAAAAAGAACAAGCAUUUAAAGUAAGAAAAACAAAUUGUAUUUAUUUUUUAUCGGUACACACCUAUUUUAUUUUAAAAAUAGAUAUUCAAUUUUAAAGUUAAUUUGUGCAAGAGAUAAAUUUAAAACCCUAACAGAUUUGGAACUUAGUUGCACUACUUAAACAAAAAUCACUUUUAGUAGUCAUGCAUUUAAGAAAAAGAAAAAAAAAUUGGGACAACUUAUACUUAUAUUUUUUCUAAAAUACAUCACCCUUAUUAAAUUUUUUUUUAAUACAGAUUUUAUUAUUAUUAUCGUAGACAUAUUUAUCUACUUUUAUUUAUUUUAGGUAAAUUAUUGAACUUAGGUAAGGUAAUAGGUUAGGUAUAGGUAAACCCUCUUUUCACUAAUAAUUUCCUAGAACUCAAAUGAAGGAAUGUAUAUAAACUUAAAUAAUAAUAAUAAUAAUAGAUAACUUAGGUAGCGUUAUUAUUUAUUUUUAUUUAGAAAAUAAAAAAAUAAAUUAGGUAUAAAACAUAUCUCACAAGUUCAGUUUUUAAUAUACCUAACUAAAAAAAAUAAAAAGCUUUAGCUUUACAAUUGCAUUUAUAUUUAUUUUUGAAAUCCAUUUUAAAAAAAUAAGUCAAUUCUUUUUAUGUUAAUUAAAUUGCAUUUUGUUAUUUUUCCAAAUUAUCAUAUCCAAUUAAAAAAAAAAAAAAUGUCUGUAUUCCAUGAAAAGUAAUUCACUUCAUAAAAUGGAAACCUUUUUUUCCAUUUAGUGAAAUAUUUAAAAAUUGUAUUAAAUGGAUUUCUUUUCACAAAAUGGAUACUAAAAUUUAAUGUUGUACAAUUGUUUCUUCUCAGUUGGUGAAAUUAAAUAUUUGGUUUUGAUUAAUUAUAGAUAUUAUUUAAACAAAUUUGGAAUAUGUUUUAUUUCAAUAAAGGGGUAGGUAGGUAGGUAAUAGUUAAUUUCUUUUUCAUUUGAUUUGUUUCUAAUUUUAUUUUUGUACUUACCGAUGGAUUUAUUUAUAACAGAGUCUGGAUGCCCUAGACACCGAUAUAAUUUGAAUAAAAUGUCAUAAAAGUAAAAAUUUAUUAAUAGAUAUUAUUGACAUAUGUAUGGUUUUUCAGGACAGUUCUCGGAAAAAUAUUGAAAAUCCAUCAAUGAUUGUAUUUGUAUCAUUAACAAAAAUUAUCUAUUCUUAUUUUAGUGUAUGCGAUCUUUAAUUUCCCCCCCCCCCAUUUUUCCCUAAGAACACUCAUCAUGUAUAACCCAUCAAGUCUUUCAUUACUUAUUACUGACCUUAGCCAUAUCUUGAUUCUGUGCUAAGUACUAAAAGACCUUUUUACAGUGCUAGUUGUAAGUGGUAAUGUAAUGUACAUUAGUAUACAUUGUUUGCUUAAGGAAAUAAUAAUUCAUUUCAUAAUUUUUGUUUUGAUAUUUUAUUAUUUUCAAAGGGGGAAAUUUCCCCACUCUUGCCCCUCCCUCACAACAAGCGCCCAUUAAAAGCAGCUCUAUAAUUUUAUAUUUAUGUGAUAUUUUGGGAUAAAUUACUAUAUACUUUUGCAUUUCUUAUGGCAACCUUUAUUAAAAAUUACUAUCAUUAAUUGCAUCAGAUUAUGUAUUAAUUAAAAUGCAUUUCAGUGUAAAUAUUUUUAAUUUUCGUCAACCUGUUGAUGAGAUAUUCCACUUUUAAGUUUGAGUCUAGGGAGAUAAAUAAAGCAUUUGUGUUGCGGUGUUUUAAUAAAGCACCAUUACUUUCUCAUGACCCAAACUUAAAAGUAGAAUGUUUUGUCAGUUGGUUGACUUAAAUCAAAAAUGUCCACACCGAAUUGUGUUUUAACUAAUACUUAUUAUAUUUAUGCAAUUUUUAAUGUAGGUUGUCAUUUGAAAAUCAAAGUAGAUAGUAGUUUUAUCCCAAAAAAUAGCAUAAAUAUAAAAUUAUAGAGUUGUUUGUUCUUAAAUGUUCUAUAAAACAAAUUCUGAAAAAAGUUAAUUCUUUUCGAGAUAUGAGUAUCCCCAAUUAAAUGGAUCACCUUGUAUAUAAUAUAUACUAUUAUUCUAGUAAUUAAUAACAAUACUAAUGAUAAUUUACAGUCAUUUGUAUUACCUACUAAUUUUAUUUUGUUUAACUCUUUAGAAAUUUACAGAAGAUACUCUGGAGAUUCAAAAUGGAACAGAAGCUCUAAAAAUAUCUAGAUUAAAAAAAGAUAAACCAACUAAACGUUUAGUUAAAAAGGAGAUUAUCAAAUAUACUAACAAUAUAGAUUCUGAUAUUGACAUGGUAACAUCUGAUGAUUGUAGCGAUCCUAAUUCUGAUUCUGAUGUUAUAGUUAAACCUUUGAAAAGCAUUCUUAAAAAGCAACCUGAUAUUGAAAAAGAUGUUGUAGAGAAUGACAAAGAAUUAGAUGAACUUAAUGAUGUAGAAUUAUAUGUAGAUAAUAAUGAAGAGGAUGAAGCCAAAGAUGAAGAUAAAGCCAAAGAUGAAGAUAAAGCCAAAGAUGAAGAUAAAGCCAAAGAUGUAGAAGAUGUAGAAGAUGUAGAAGAUGAAGAAGAUGCAGCAAUAUAUGUAGAAAGUGAAGAAGUCGGAUUACCAUCAGGGCUAACUGACUCUGAUUUCGAUGAUGAUGUUGACACUAUUUUUGUAGAAAAAAAACCAGCUAAACGAGUAAGAAAAUUGAAGCAACCAAUUGAAGAUAAAAAAGUAAUGAAAUUGCCAAGAGGUCGUAAAAAUAAAGUUAAUAGUUAUAAAGAUGAUGUUUUGCCAGAUAUCAGUUCACCUGAAGGAACAAAUAUAGAAACUGAGGAUAAUCCUAAAAAGCGGAAAACUAAAGCUAAGGCUAAAAAGUAGUGGUCUUAGGAUAAAUAUAAUACUAUAAAGUAACUUUUUUAAAUUCUAUUUUUUAUUUUUAUGCAAAUUAUAAUACAUUAAUUGUAGAAUUGUAUUAGGUUUAUUAUUAAUACAAUUAUAUAUUUCAAUAAAUAAAUAACAGUUUAAUAUAUAAUUUAUUUAAUUUUUAUUUUAUACAUAAGUAAGUUAUGCUUUACUUUUUGACACAAUUUCCCAACAUCCAUUUAUUCUUUUUACCUUUUCGCCUUUUGCUGUUAAUAUUUCUUCAAUAUUUUUGUAUCCUGUGUCCGGAAACCAUCCUAAAUUGUCAGCUAUUAAAUGAUUAUUACUGCAUCCAUCACAUUCUAUGAUAACAAUUCCUUUUUCGUACGAAAUCUUAGAAAACUUUCGACUGUUUCUAGUAUUGCAUACUGUGCAAGUAAAUAUUAUUUGCAUUUUCUUGCUUGUCUCAGUUUCUGGUUGUGAUUCGCCAUUGUUUUGUACAGUUGGUAGGUUAGUAUAACAUCGAAUAGAAUUAUUGAUUGUAUGAAAUGUUUGAAAAGGUAUUUUAGAUUGUGAACAUAGCGUGGCGUUUUUAUAAGUUCCUGAACUACAAACAUAUUUAGCGAAAUAUGUUAAUUGAAUAAAUUUAGAGCGAAUCAUUAUUGAAAUACAAUAUUAAUUAAAUCAUUUGAAAUAAUUUUGAACACUUAAAUUGAACUAUUAAUUAAAUUGUUUUAUUAUAUUAUCA